CCACUGGGAGGCAGUGAAUAGGACGGGGGGGUGUGGGGAGUGGAGCAGGGCUCCUCAUAGGAUACUCCAAGGGCUGCCCGGCCGAGACCCUCACACAGAUUUCCCACUGGGGCUGUCUACGGCGUGACACAGCUAUUGGGACUACCGAGACCUCCCUAUGAGAGGACACGGUCAUUUUUAGACGUGUCGGACAGCACUAGCCACAUACUUCACCAAGGACGAGGGAGGCCCUCUGCGCCCUCCGUGAAGGAGCUGUCGGCUCUCUAUCUCUCCCAGACAGCUGCUGCCGCUCAGGCCGGCAGCCCCGCGCAGCCGCGGACUGUGAAGGACAACUCCAUUCGCUCUCCCCACAGUCAGAGAGAAAGCAAGAUGGCAGAGGCUCAGAACUCAUCUAAAGUUGUCGCCAAGAAAAUGGAAGACGACUUACCUCCCCCUCCCGCCCUUGGCUCAGUCCAGGUCAUUGCUCCAGGAACGCAGGAUCCCAACCCACUCCCUGUGCCUCCUCCAAAGCAAGCCUUCUCCAAGUUCUACCAGCAGCGUCAGGUGAACGAGUUAAAGAGGCUCUACAGACACAUGCAUCCUGAGCUCAGGAAGAACUUGGAAGAAGCUGUGACUGAGGACCUGGCAGAAAUGCUUAAUACUGAAGAUCCCAAUGCACAGGCAUCUGUGAACCUGGACAAAGUUCUUCCCGGAGAGGUUCAGUCAAUGCGCUGGAUCUUUGAGAACUGGGCACUUGACUCCAUUGGGGACCAUCAAGGCACAAAGAAGCUGGCAGAAGAAGAGAUCAUUCCUGGUGGGGAUGUGAAAAGUACUUCCCUGAGGUUUGAAAGCCAGUCAGUCAAUGGGUACAGUCUGUCAACACCAGCCAGGGUAUCAGAAACAGACCUUGCCAGAGGGGACGUGCAUACUGCCCGGUGGCUGUUUGAAACCCAGCCACUAGACUCAUUAAACAAACUGUACUCGGAUGAAACCGAAGUGCAGGAGGCAGUUCUCAAGGAUCCUGUCCAGGGAGGUGACGUGAAAGGUGCCAAACAGCUUUUUGAAGCACAAUCCUUGGAUGCUAUAGGACGCUGCUGCUCAGUGGAGGAGAAGAGUAUUUUACAACUCAAGUCAGAAAUCCAGGAGUUAAAAGGUGAUGUUAAGAAGACUAUUAGGCUCUUCCAGACAGAGCCCCUCUGUGCCAUCAGAGACAAAACCGGGAACAUUCAUGAAAUCAAGUCCGUCUGCCGAGAAGAAAUUCAGAGCAAUGCAGUCAGAACAGCUCGCUGGCUGUUUGAGACUCAGCCCCUGGAUACCAUCAACAAGGACACUUCCAAAGUGCAAAUAAUCCGUGGGAUUUCAUUAGAAGAAAUUGGAAAGCCAGAUGUCAGUGGAGCAAGGUGGAUAUUUGAAACUCAGCCUCUGGAUGCCAUCAGAGAAAUCACAGUUGAAGAACAGGAUUUCAAGGCUUCAACAGAUUUUGUCACAGGGGCAGAUGUCAGUAAGCAGCGGAUGCUCUUUGAGACCCAGACUCUUGAUUCUCUGAAAGGAGAAACUACAGAAAGCAUUGUAGCCAAAGAACAAGUCAUUGGAGGUGAUGUGAAAUCUACACUCUGGCUGUUUGAAACCCAGCCAAUGGAAACCCUGAAAGACAAUUUUGAGGUGGGACGUUUAAAGAAAGUAGAGCUUUCAGCAGAGGAGAAAGGAGAUGUAAAGCAAAGAAAACAUGUCUUUGAGACCUGUCCCUUUGGCAGCAUCUCCAAGGCAUUUGAGGAAGAAGUUCCACCCACCAGCACAGAAGAGGUAGUGAAAGGGGAUGUGAAGUCUUUCAAGACCUUGUUUGAGACUCUGCCCUUAGACAGCAUCAAGCAAGCUGAUGCUGAGCCCGUCACCAAAGAAGAAGAGAAGAUUCCAGCUGGCAACGUCAAAGCCAACCAAAUCCUGUUUGAGACAACACCUUUGUAUGCCAUUAAGGAUAGCUUUGGUAAUUUCCAUGAAGUCACCUCUGUAAGCAGAGAGCAAAUCAUCAGUGGUGAUGUCAAGAACUACAAAUGGAUGUUUGAAACCAGGCCCCUGGACCAGUUUGACGAAAGCACCAAGAAAGUGGAUAUAAUACGGGGGAUCACAAAACAAGAGGUGGUGGCUGGUGAUGUUAGAACAGCCAAGUGGCUCUUUGAAACACAGCCCAUGGAUGUCAUUCAUCACCGAGCCAUGCAAGGUGAGGAACAUCCCCCAGUAAAGCGGGAGAUCUCCCAGCGGGGGGAUGUGAAGACCUGCAGGUGGCUUUUUGAGACCCAGCCCAUCCACACCCUGUAUGAGAAGGCUGAAAAGAAGCAGGAGGAAGAUAGCAGUGUGGCCCAAGCUGACGUGAAGUCGUACACAUGGAUGUUUGAGACUCAGCCCCUGGACUCCCUGAAAGGCCAGGAGGAGCAGUAUUUACAAGUCAGCAAGGCAUACAGUCAGGAGGAAUUACAGGGAGUUGAUGUCAAAACUGUCCGGCACCUCUUUGAAACUGAACCCUUGGGCAGCGGUGUUCUCGGUGAAGCUGAUCAAAAGAAAACCAUGCGGUACUCCAGUCGAGUGGAGAUACAGUCUGGAGAAGUGUCCAGAGUGAAGGAGUUCUUUGAAGCUAAGCCCUUGGAUACAGCUACCAAACCAACAUCCCAAAAGGAUGACGGGUCAAUUGAAGCUGGAUCCGUGCACAAGUUCACUUGGCUCUUUGAGAACUACCCCAUGGACUCCCUGAAGGACAGCUCUGCGGGCAUCCAGGAAAUCCCUCCAGAGAAGGAUAUCAAGGGAGGCGAUGUUGGAGGCAAAAGGUUCGUAUUUGAGACCUAUUCCCUUGACGAAAUCCAUGACAAGGUGGAUGAGACAGAGCUCCAGAAGAUUCAGAAAGACACGAUGAGCAAAGCUAACGUCAAGUCCUGCACAAUGCUCUUUGAAAGCCAACCCUUAUAUGCUAUCCAGGACAAAGAGGGGGGAUACCACGAGGUCACCUCAGUGCAGAAAGAAGAAAUCAUGAAAGGUGAUGUAAAAGGUGCCCGGUGGUUGUUUGAAACUAAGCCCCUGGAUCAGAUCAAGAAGGAAGAAGAGGUGUUUGUCAUUAGGGCUGUCACCCAAGAAGACAUCAAGAAAGGAGAUGUCCAGGCUGCCCGGUGGAGGUUUGAGACAGAGCCUCUUGAUUCUUUCUCAGGGGGAAAGAUGUCUGUGCCCAGAACAGUAGAUGACGUGCAGAGGGGAGAUGUUCAGUCCAACAGGCAGCUCUUUGAGUCACAGCAAGUGGGCCAGAAGAAGUACGUGAGGAUGGUCAGUGUCAGUGACGUUCAGCGGGGUGAUGUGAGAACAUCCACUUGGCUUUUUGAAAACCAGCCUGUGGACUCCCUCUAUGGCGAUGCGGAGAGAGGCUCAUCUAUCAGUACAGUGCAGAGAGAGGACAGACAGAAAGGGGAUGUAAAACGCUGCACCUGGUUGUUUGAAACCCAGCCAAUGGACACCCUUAAGGAUACAGAGGUGACGGCCAGUGCUGGGGCCCAAGAAGCGAUCCCUCGCGCAGAUGUGAAAAGUACAACAUGGCUCUUUGAGAGCACACCCUUGGAUAAAUUUAGUGCUUCUGAAGGUAGUAUAGAAACAGAACUGAAAGAAAGGACCAUGAAGGAGACUUUAGAGACACUCUGCACUUGCCAGGCUAUUCAGCAUGAUGGGAUCCUCAUCGAAGCCAAUGAUAUGGAGAGUGUGAAGAUGGUGAAGUACCAGCUCAGCAGCCCAGGAGCUCCAGAGAUCCUGAAAGAAGAGAUUGUGGGAGGCCAUCUGCAAAGGAUCAUGUUGCAGCUGCUACACAGAACCAAUGUGGAAGCACAGAGUGUACUGGUGGAGGAGGACAGAGAGGGCAAGAUCAAAGUAAGCCCAUUGCAGCUACUGGACCAGAGUGAAGCUGUUAAAGGCAAGGAGGACUUGAGCGGAAAUGUAGCUAAGGCUCUACAGGGUCUCCUCAAUCAAGAUGCUUCCAUCAAAAAGGGGAUGGUCUUACAAGAGACAAAGUCAGGAUCAGUGAAGAUGACUCUCUACUCCCUCCUAUUCCAUUCUGUCCAGCAGAAAGUUGUGAAGGGAGAUGUGAAGUCAACGAUAGGCAACCUGUUGGCUUCUUCUCAGGAGCAAAAAACAACAGUAACCGUUAAGCGUGAGGACAAUGAGAAGGGGAAUGUCCAGCUUUUCGCGAGCUGCAUUGAGAAGGGAGAUCUAGACUAUCUGAAGAACCUCCAGCAGGAGUCAGAGAUACAGUCCCUGAUCUUUUCCCAAGCAGAGCAGGGAGCAGAGGAGAGUGCCCCAGGGGUUGGAGAUCAGGGGGCUAAGAUACAGGUCUUACCAAACAAAGAACAAAUAGAGAAAGUAACUGCAGAGGGUGAGCCAAGGGCUAUGGCAGCAAAAAAGGUAUUUGCAUGUGAAAGCACGGGCAAAAAGGGUUCCUUAGAGAGAGAGGCUGUGCAUGCAGCCGGUGUGACAGGCACAACCGCACAGUGUCUUGGGAAACCCCUGCCCACAGUGAUGGGAAAGGAAGAAGUUCUGUCAGGAGGGCUUAAAGUGACUACGAAGUCAAUUCAAAGGGUUGCAGAUGUCAGCAAGAAAGCAGAGAAAGAAGAAGCGUCCUCUGCCUCUUUUAAGGAAUCCCAAGCUUUGAUGCAAGGCGUAUCUGCAACCCAAGUGGCAGCUCAGAGGGAAGAAGUGGCUGGGAAACAACAGAGUUUGGUGACAGGGGAAGCCAGCCUGAGGCAGACAGAAGAAAAGGCCCUUGGGAGCGAUCUUCAGGCUGCAAUGCAAAGCCUGAGGCUAGCAACAGCAGAGGCAAAAAACAUUCAACAUCAUGUCCAGACCAAGCUACAGAAGAACAGGGAGGAGGUCCACAUGGCCUGCAGGCAGCAGGCAGCCAGCACACAGGGCACAGUGACCCUUCAAUCAACCACACGCCAACAAGACUCCGCAUCAACCACGCAGGAGAGCACCAGUGCUUCCAUCAGGACCACCACCACUAGAGUCCAGGAGGCAUCCAAGAGUCACACAAGCGUGUCUCAGAAGAGCAUAGCAUCACACAAAAAGGUCAGUGCUUCAGAGGAAGUACAGGGAAGACAACUAUUGAGCCAGGAAAGCCAAGUUGUGCCUAGUAGAGAAGUUAGCAUUAAAGAUGGCCUUUAUACUGCCACACCUGUGAAAACCUAUAUAAACCCCUGUGUUGAGUCUGAUUACAAAGAGCAAUCAGUGCAAGAAGAAAGAGAUGUUGUUAUCAGAGGGGAUGUGCAGACAGCUAUCAGAGCACUGCAAAGUGCCGCCACAGAACAGCGCCUGGUAGAAAAGGAGGAUGUUGUCCGAGGUAAUUUAAAAGCCACACUUCAGUCGCUGGAAAAGUCUAACGUUAAUGUCUCCAGAGGGGAUUUUAAAGCUGCUAUGAUAUACAGAAAUGCAGGGCAGUCCUAUUCUGUGUGUAAAAAGAAAAAUGAGGCUCAAGUCGUUAGUAACCAGACUGCUGUAGUGGCAUCAGGGUCGCAGGCUGAUAAUGACUUUCCUCCUCCUCCCUCAGUUGCUGUGAUGAAAGCAGAGCAUUGCCCACCCUCAACUAAAGCAACAAGAGAAGGUGCCCUUCCAUUACCAACCAGCAAAGAUGAAGCCCCAGGAGGUUCACCACUCCAGACCCCUCUUCCUGCCCUUCCUUCCCUGGCCUGCAAACCCUGUGAUCAGAGUCCUGCAGAGAAGCCCAGGACCCCUCCAAAACCAGAAAUUACUGCCCUACCCAGGAAAAAACCUGUUCCCCCUCCAAAACCUGAGCACCUCUUCCACGAGGUACAUUCUGCUUCUGCAAAUAGCAGCACAAGCAGAUCAACAAAACCCAUCCCUCCACCCCUGCCUCCAAAACCUCUGGGACUGAGGGAGAUCAGCAAGACAAAGCCUCCCCCCACAGAGCUGGGACUAAACGCCAUAGAAGUGAGUGAACAAUCAGGCCAUGGGGAGGUUCAGGCAAAAUGCUGCGAUUUGGAAACAUCUGUAGGCAAGACUGUCACAGUUCAGGGUAUGAGCCCUGAGCGAAAGCUGCCAAAAACCAUUGCCAAAACCCCUCUUCAACUGGCAGAGGAAAGGUACAGGGCAAGCAAAGGAAUACAAGGGAAGCUGGACUCAGACAGCGCUAAGACUUCAAAGCCAAUGAACAAUGGAAUGGUUGGUUUUGAGGUUGAGCAGGGCACGAUGAGCAAGAAAGCAGCAGCUCCAAGGAGGUGCCCAGGUGAGGUGGUUCAGGGGCACACAGACCUGUGCCAAGACAAGAAUGGGUGCUCUUCAAUGAGACAAGAUGACAUUGCACAAAAAGCCUCAUUCAAGAUGGAAAGAGAAAGUGUGUCUAAUUCUUACGGAUCGUGGGACAGUCAGAGAGUCAUGGAGCAAGUGAAUGAGAGGAGGCAAAUGUGUCAUUCAAUGUCUUUCCAUCAGCAGCCAGUGAGGUCUGAGGAGCAACAGCAGGAGGAUAGUGGGCAAUUAAAAAGUGCUGAUGGGAAGGCAGAGACACCUGGCCAGGAGAAGCCAGCAGUUGUUAUGAGAGAAAAACCCAAGAGAGAAACAGAAGAUGAGCGUCGGAAGAGGCUGUCAGUACACAAAGAGGAGAUCAUGAAAGGCAAUGUCAAGGAGGCUAUGGAGAUCUUUGAGAAUCUCAGGAGACAGGAGCUGCUGCAAGAGAUUUUAACUCAGGUGAAGGAAUUUGAGGAGGAGACAAGCAAAGUGGAUGUGAAAGCUCUGAAGAGUUUAUUUGAGAAGGUCCCUGACUGGGUUGUUCAUCAGAAAGCCCAGCAGGCCAACCAACAGGAUAGGGCUGAAACAGUGGCAAAGGAGGAUACUGACAGUGUCUCCUCAGUGGAGCUGGUUUUUGGGGACCUGGAGCGAGCAAGUGCUGAGAUCAUCCACCUGAAGGAGCAGACACUUGCCCGGCUCAUGGACAUUGAGGAGGCCAUCAGGAAAGCUAUUUAUUCUGUCUCUAGUCUCAAAUCUGAGUCAGACAUCGCUGGCCUCUCAGGGCUGUUCAAGGAGUCCCUGGUGAACACCCAGAGCUCUGUGAGCAGCAGCAAUAUCCGUAAAAUCAGUAUUGUCUCAAGCAAAGCCAAGCAGGAGGAAACCACACUGGAGACAGGGGAGGCAGUAUCUGAGGGGGGUGCAAAGGUUACAGAAAAGACUGAGGUAACCAAGGCAGAGCUAGAGGUCCCUCACCUCGUUCAAUCUCGCGUCAGCUCUCCCUCCUCACCUUCCUACAUCUCCAUCGAGUCUGCUGCCAGGAAACCAGCAGAAUCACCCAGGACAGCACAUUCCCCCUGCGAUACCCCUUCUCCAGACUGUCUUGACACCCCAGGAAAGAGGGAUGCUUUUGCUCAGGACAGCUUUAGCUCCUUUAAUCAUCCACCAGCAAGGUUUACUGGGCAUGACAUGACCUCCUUUGAGAAGAGACCAGAGCCCGUCCAAACAAAAGUUGGGCUGAGCUCAACGAAACAGCAGACCCUUGUCAACGCCAACCAUCAGAGCAGUGAGAAAGAGAAGAGCCCUCUGGACAGCUCCAAAGGCAGCUGCCACUGUGGGAUGAAAGGAGGCUUUUCGGACUACUGCUCCGUGAAUGUCCCCAGCCCGCAAAAUCCGCGGAGACAGAAAAGCAUCUUGGAGCUGCAGACAGGGCCCGAUGGGUCAAAGCUCUAUGGAGCCACCCGGACUGUCAUGGAGCAGUACGAGGAAAUGGACCAAUUUGGAAACAAAAUCAUCACUUCGUCCACCACAGUCACCAAGCAAUCUGAGACGCAAACAUCUUCCACGUGCGAUGUGGUCUCUCCUCCCCAGUAUGAGGCAUCACCCAUGUUGCGGAGGUACUUGAAGAGCCCAGGCCAAGACUUCCACACCAACGGCAGUUUUCAGGAGACAGGAGUGGUCUUUGUCACCUUUGGCAACUCCAAGCCAAAGAAAUAG